CUCGUCUCUUGAACGCUCGCGUUUCACCACCCCGGAAACGCAAGACUGGUCUGCUUCGCGGCAGCGUCUUCACGACACUGUCGCACCCCCCCAGCUCUCCGGCGACCAACGAGAACGCAGCUUCACCGGAAGCAGCUGCUGAAGAGGACCGACCAGGAAGCUUGCUGGGGAAAGACGGGCACGUGGGGAUCGGCCACUGCGAGCACAUCAUCUCUGUAUAGAAGUGCCGGAAUAAGAAGGUUGGAAGGCAUCCCCCCACCUGUUGCCUAAGAGUAUUUACUGAGUUCUUUAAAAGCACUAACCUAAUGGAAGCCAAAACUAAAAGGAAAUUUGUGAGCAAAGCUGGAAAAUCAGGUCCUGGAAAAAAGAAGUUUAAAAAAACCAACGAGAAGUUCAGUAGAAAAGAUGGUGAAGAAGGCAAGCCCAAAUUCAAAUCCAAGAAAUUUGAGAGAGGAAACAAAAAGCCUGGGAAAAUGGGUGCAAAACAAUUCAAGAGUAAACAACUAUCAGAAAACCUGUCCAGGAAGCGCAAACUUCAGGAUGAUAAAGAAGGAGGGUUACAGCGUAAGAAGCCUAAGUGGGAUGACAUCAAGAAGAAAAAGAAGGAACUGAAGCAGAGCCGACAGCUAAAUGACAAAGCCAACUAUGAUGCAGUGCUUAAGGGAAAGCAGAUUUGGGAAACCCUGCGACGGAAGGACUGUGACAAAGAAAAGCGUAACAAACUUCUGAGUGAACUGCAGGAGCUACUUCAGGGAAAAAUAAAAACUAUGGCAUUCGCUCAUGAUUCAACCCGUGUCAUCCAGUGUUACAUCCAGUUUGGCAGCGAGAAGCAGAGACAAGAAGUAUUUGAAGAAUUAAAAGACAGUUUCAUUGAACUAAGCAAGUCCAAAUAUUCGAGAAAUAUUGUGAAAAAGCUUCUUGUCUAUGGAACAAAGCCACAAAUUGCAGAAAUAAUCAAAAGCUUCAAAGGCGAGGUGAGAAAGAUGCUACGUCAUGCUGAAGCAUCUGCUGUGGUGGAGUAUGCAUAUAAUGACAAAGCCGUUUUGGAGCAAAGAAACAUGCUGACAGAAGAGCUGUAUGGAAAUACAUUCCAAGUGUACAAGUCAGAUAACGCAACCCUGAAUGAAGUGUUAAUGGCUCAUCCUGACAAGCGGGAGGCUAUUAUGGAUGAAAUGAAACAGAUCCUCACUCCAAUGGCUCAAAAAGAAGCAGUAAUAAAACAUUCAUUGGUACAUAAAGUUUUUUUGGACUUCUUCACCCAUGCACUCCCUGAACAGAGAUCUGAAAUGAUUGAGGCAAUUAGAGAAGCUGUAAUCUACUUGGCACAUACUCAUGAUGGAGCUAGAGUAGCCAUGCAUUGCCUGUGGCAUGGGACUACUAAGGACAGAAAAGUUAUCAUCAAAACCAUGAAGACAUAUGUAGAAAAAAUUGCUACUGGUGAAUUUUCAUAUUUGGUUUUGCUGGCAGCGUUUGACUGCAUUGAUGAUACCAAACUUGUGAAACAACUGAUUAUAUCUGAAAUGGUUGAUUCCUUAGCCAGUGUUAUAAACAACAAAUAUGGAAGGAAAGUCCUGUUGUAUCUGUUAAGUCCAAGGGAUCUUACAUACUUCUCGCCAGCACUGAUAAAAAUCCUGCAGCAGGGUGAUGGGAAUGCUUACAGUAAAAAAGACACAGAUCUUCGCCGCCGUGAACUUCUGGAAGCUGUUUCUCCAGCUUUACUGAAUUACCUGAAUCUCCAUGCUGAAGAAAUGGUGAUGGAUAAAGCUACAUUCAUUGUAUUGACUGGAAUUCUCAGACAUGCUAUUGGUGAUGUCCAGCCUGCUAUGAAAGCCAUUGCUAGUCUUGCUUCAAAAGAGAUGGUUCCAGGGGGCCAAGAUGGGCAGCUUCACAUUGCAGAACACCCAGCGGGUCAUCUGGUUCUGAAAUGGUUAAUUGAGCAAGAUGAGAAAAAGAGAGAAUGUGGCAAUGAAGGAUGUUUUGCAAGAACGUUGGUAGAACAUGUUGGCAUUGACUUCUUGAAGAACUGGGCAGAUGUGAACCGUGGGGCUAUUAUUUUGUGUCGCCUUCUUCAGUGCUCUGACCAAGACGUGGCAAAUCAAGUCAAGGAUGGACUGAAAUGUCUUAUUCCCAAACUAAAAAGGACUAAAGGUGACACAGCAGCAAGAAAGGCAUUGCUGGAGAAAUUAUCAUCUUAAUUGCAAGAACUAUUAAAUGGACAUGUUUUCUAUAUAAGCAAUUUUUUUCUUUUAAAAGAAAGAUAUUGAGUUAGUUUUUUAAAAAAAACCAUCAGGUAAUUAUGUUUAAUUUGC